AUGGCCUCGCAGACUGAGGCGGUGACCACUGCUCAUGAGCAUUCCAGUGCUGCUCCGGGACAUGGCAUCACUGAGACCGAACCCGACUCGGCCUCGGCGUCUGCUCCCGCGCCCGCGUCCAAAGGCAAGAAACGUCGUAGCAAGUACCGCCAUGUCGCAGCCUACCACGCACAGCUACGACACUCGAGUCUCAGUCGCGAUGCGGAUGUUACUCCCAGUUUUCUGGGAUUCAGGAAUCUGAUGGUUCUAGUACUUGUGGCCAUGAAUCUUCGAUUGAUCAUUGAAAAUUUUAUGAAAUACGGCGUCCUGAUCUGCAUCAAAUGCCAUGACUAUCGGAAGCAGGAUGUCGUUCUCGGAUCAAUCCUGUUUGCCCUCGUGCCAUGCCACCUUUUCCUGGCCUAUGCCAUCGAACUCUCUGCAGCAGGUGCCGCAAAGCAGACUGUUGGCCACCAGAAAAAGACCGCCGAAGAAAAGGAGCGUGACCAACAGGUCUUCCGAUCGACCUGGCGCUACACGGCUCUACUGCACACUGUGAAUGCGACCAUAUGCCUAGCCCUGACCAGCUUCGUAGUGUACUUUCAUAUCCACCACCCCGGUAUCGGGACACUUUGCCAGUUACACGCGAUCAUCGUGUGGCUCAAGAACUGCUCCUAUGCAUUCACCAACCGUGACCUCCGCCUCGCCUUCCUCAAUCCCUCCGCCGACCCAGGUCUACCAGAGAUCUACGCGACAUGCCCUUAUCCCCGGAACGUGACGCUCAAGAACCUGGCCUAUUUCUGGAUGGCCCCGACCCUAGUCUACCAACCCGUCUACCCGCGCACUACCUCCAUCCGCUGGUCCUUUGUCGCAAAGCGGUUGGCGGAAUUCUUCGGACUCGCCGUAUUCAUCUGGCUUCUCUCGGCACAGUAUGCGGCCCCCGUACUGCGCAAUUCCAUUGACAAAAUCGCCGUCAUGGAUAUUGCGUCUAUCCUGGAGCGUGUCAUGAAGCUUUCCACCAUUUCGUUGAUCAUCUGGUUGGCCGGAUUCUUCGCUCUGUUCCAGGCUCUGCUGAAUGCCCUGGCUGAAGUGAUGCAAUUCGGGGACCGUGAGUUCUAUACCGACUGGUGGAAUAGUUCCAGUCUGGGCGUGUACUGGCGGUCGUGGAAUCGGCCGGUCUAUCUGUUUAUGAAGCGGCAUGUCUACUCGCCGCUCGUUGGUCGAGGCUGGAGUCCCUUGGCGGCGAGUGGCAUGGUCUUUGGCCUGUCUGCCAUUCUUCAUGAAAUGUUGGUGGGCAUUCCCACUCAUAACUUUAUCGGCGUUGCUUUCUUCGGCAUGAUGUUCCAACUGCCCCUCAUCACCCUUACAGCACCACUUGAGAAGAUGCGCGGUCCCCAAGGCAAAACGAUUGGUAACUGCAUCUUCUGGGUGAGUUUCUGUCUGGUCGGGCAGCCGCUGGGAGCGCUGCUGUAUUUCUUCGCUUGGCAGGCCAAGUAUGGCAGUGUCAGUCGAAUGCGCGUUUAA